AUGGCAAUCGGUCACAAGGCCAUUGAGACCAACAAGACCUGCGGAAAGAAUGUUAUAAAGACUCCUUGUCUUAUGUGCGGUAAAGGAAUAUCGAGCAGUCUGAAAACCCAGAAAAAUCAUUUGAAGAGAAAACAUUUUCCAUCUCUGCGAUGCGGGGACUGCGGCCUGGGAUUUGGUAAAGCCUAUGAACUCACGCGCCAUUCUACGUACAGCUGUAAAAGAAAACUACAACAACAGCUCAAAAUCACUACGGAUCAUUCCAUCAUUGUGUCCAAGAUCGACCAAUCUAAGAGCAUGGACCAGAUUAAGGGCAUUUUACUUGCUGCUGGUAAAAAACUCCAUGGCUAUAAGCAGAAAAGAGGCAAUGAAGUGAUGGACGACGUUAGCAGCGAGGACGGCGAGCACGAGUUAGAAGACAUCGAGAUGUACAACGGAACACCAGGGGAUUCCGUUGGCUCUACACCCCUAGAAUCCGGGCUAUUACCACAUUGUACGCAGCUAGAACCUGGUCGUGAACCCGACCUAUAUCUAGUUCCAGCCCUUGCCGGUCUUCAACUUGGGGCCCCCACAAGAUUCGUGGAGCUGGAGGAAAACUACUGGUCGGAUUGGACUUGUGGAGAACUGGAAUCUCCGCUACCGUUUGAGCAGAUAGUGACGCAUCCUUAUCAUAUUCGCUCUUGA